UUCUGUGAGGGACAUUCUCUCCUUUACUCCUUUCAUUUUUCAGUUCACAGUCUAAAAGACCCCAUUUUCCCUCACUCAACCCAAACAGACAAAAAAAGGGUCUUUAUUUGUUUACUUAUUUUAUGUUUUAAUAAUAACAAUUAUUUUUUUUAAAAAAAAAGUGAUUUCUCUUUAGGCAUUAUAUAACGCCACCCCACUUAGCAAAAUCAUCCUAAGCUUCCACUUUUAACUCUUUUCUUUCACUCUCUCUUUGGGCUUUUUGCUCGUGUGCUGAAACCAUGCCUUAUCUACUACAAUUCCUACCAGGGAAAAUGGUGGCAUUGGUUGUGGGUUUGUUUCUGCUAUGCUUUUCAGCUCAAGUAGAGUCCAACUUUACCAACUCGGACAGGAUUUUCAGGUUACCGGGUCAACCAUUGGUCGGGUUCCAGCAGUAUUCGGGUUAUGUGACCGUUGAUGAGAAGAAACAAAGAGCCCUUUUUUAUUACUUUGCAGAAGCCGAAAUAGAUCCAGCUUCGAAGCCUCUUGUUCUCUGGCUUAAUGGAGGACCAGGUUGUUCUUCUUUGGGAGUUGGGGCAUUUUCCGAGAAUGGUCCAUUUAGGCCAAGAGGAGAUGUUCUGGUCAGAAACCAAUAUAGCUGGAACAGAGAAGCUAAUAUGUUGUAUCUGGAGACACCAAUUGGAGUUGGGUUCUCUUAUUCCACUGAUACCUCCUCUUAUGAAAGUGUAAAUGACAAUAUCACUGCCAGGGACAACAUGGUGUUCUUGCAAAACUGGUUUCUGAAAUUCCCACAAUACAGAAACAGAAGUUUGUACAUUACAGGAGAAAGCUAUGCUGGGCACUACAUACCCCAACUGGCAGAUCUCAUUCUUCAAUUCAACAAGAAAGAAAAUUUGUUCAACCUGAAAGGAAUUGCUUUGGGGAACCCAGUUCUAGAAUUUGCCACUGAUCUCAAUUCAAGGGCAGAGUUCUUCUGGUCUCAUGGACUAAUAUCAGAUUCAACCUACAAAAUGUUCACUUCAGCUUGUAACUAUUCCCGUUACGUAAGCGAGUAUUAUAGAGACAAUGUUUCUUCUGUCUGCUCAAGAGUGAUGAGCCUAGUAACUGAAGAAACUAGUAGAUUUGUUGACAAGUAUGAUGUUACCCUUGAUGUCUGUAUAUCAUCAGUUCUGUCACAAUCCAAAGUCUUUAGUCCUCAUCAAGUUGGAGAGACUAUAGAUGUCUGUGUGGAGGAUGAAACAGUCAAGUAUCUGAACAGGCUGGAUGUGCAGAAAACUCUUCAUGCCCGUCUUGUUGGCAUCCAUCGAUGGGCAGUUUGCAGCGAAAUCCUAGACUAUGAGCUGCUUGACCUGGAGAUACCAACAAUCACAAUUGUGGGUAGACUUCUAAAGGCAGGAAUCCCAGUUUUAGUGUACAGUGGAGACCAAGACUCAGUUAUCCCGUUAACCGGAAGUCGAAAGUUAGUUCACAGUCUUGCAGAAGAAUUGGGAUUGAACACCACAGUGCCUUAUAGGGUUUGGUUUGAGGGGCAGCAGGUUGGUGGGUGGACUCAAGUUUAUGGUAACAUUCUAUCCUUUGCAACUAUAAGGGGGGCAUCACAUGAAGCUCCAUUUUCACAACCCGAAAGAUCGCUCGGGCUGUUCAGAUCUUUUCUACAAGGCAGGCCUCUGCCAAAAGCAUUCUGAUCAUUUCACGCUGAGAAUUCAGAUUCUAAUUGUAAGUAAAGCUCAGUUAUUCAAGAGAGAAUCCGCUAUUGGUUUGUUUGUUCUUUUGGGUUUUGUCCAUGCCAAUGGAGUGUAGAAAUUUUUUGUAAAGAUCUCAAGAAACAAUGCAAAACAGCACAAAUAGUUAAAUUGCAGACGUUGCUUCUAUGCUUCACUGAAA